UGCCCGGGUACGUGGCGCGCGGUCCUGCUGUAGGUUCUUGUGUCACGAGCCUUACCGAGCCGCGGAGGCAGAAUUAGUGCGGACCGGACAUUUCAUUUAUCAGGUUUAAACAGAACAGGUGUUUAAUGUCAUAUCGAUGAUCGGCAGGUAACUCUGUCAGCUGAGUGUUUCCGGUCAGCCGGUGAUGUUUCCAACCAUUUGAAUGAUAUCGCUAGCCAGCUAGCUAGCUAGCUGUGGAGCUAGCUUUACGGUGCGUGACUCGAAGUAACUUAACGUUAAAUCAUCGGACGUUAUUUUCAUGAACGGAUCUGACCGAUUCUAGAAACAUCCACGGAGUGUCUUUAAACCUGAAUCAACACUACAGGUGAGCGCGGAGCUGCUAACGUUAGCCUGAGAAGGAUUGAAUGAAAUAACGUUAGCUUGUCAUAGCAGCGGAAACGAGCCAGUUAACCGGGAUAACUUCUCCCUCUGCGGGUUUAACCACCGACAUCCAGCUAAUCUGCUACGCGCUAAGGGAGCUAGCCACCCACCGACACACCGUCACACCGCUAACGGGCACUCAUAGGGCUGCUACCAGCGUCAGGUUGGCCCUUUGCAGUCAGGAGAUCUGACCGUCGGUUCACGGUAACGGAUCAGGCCGGAGAGAGGAGCUGACCGUCGGUUCACGGUAACGGAUCAGGCCGGAGAGCAAACACCAAGCUGCCAACAUGCCGGCUGUAUCGAAGGGAGACGGGAUGCGCGGAUUAGCGGUUUUCAUCUCGGACAUCAGAAACUGUAAGAGUAAGGAAGCCGAGAUCAAACGGAUCAAUAAAGAGCUGGCCAACAUUCGCUCCAAGUUCAAGGGAGACAAAGCUCUGGAUGGAUACAGCAAGAAGAAGUACGUGUGCAAGCUGCUCUUCAUCUUCCUGCUCGGACAUGACAUCGACUUCGGACACAUGGAGGCCGUCAACCUGCUCAGCUCCAACAAGUACACCGAGAAGCAGAUCGGUUACCUGUUCAUCUCCGUGCUGGUGAACAGUAACAGUGAGCUCAUCCGUCUCAUCAACAACGCCAUCAAGAACGACCUUUCGAGCCGUAACCCCACCUUCAUGUGCCUUGCGCUUCACUGCAUCGCCAAUGUGGGGAGCCGUGAGAUGGCCGAGGCCUUCGCCAGCGAGAUCCCCCGGAUCCUGGUGGCUGGAGACACCAUGGACAGCGUGAAGCAGUCCGCCGCUCUCUGUCUGCUGAGGCUCUAUAAGACCUCUCCUGACCUCGUGUUGAUGGGGGAGUGGACGUCUCGUGUGGUUCACCUGCUAAACGACCAGCACAUGGGUGUGGUGACAGCUGCCAUCUCUCUCAUCACUUGUCUGAGUCAGAAGAAUCCGGAUGAGUUUAAGACCUGUGUGUCCCUGGCCGUGUCUCGUCUCAGCAGGAUUGUGUCGUCAGCCUCCACCGACCUGCAGGACUACACCUACUACUUUGUCCCUGCACCGUGGCUCUCCUGCAAGCUGCUGCGCCUGCUGCAGUGCUACCCUCCUCCAGAGGAUGGCGCUGUUAAAGGUCGUCUGGUGGAGUGUCUGGAGACCAUCCUCAACAAGGCCCAGGAGCCACCCAAGUCCAAGAAGGUUCAGCACUCCAAUGCCAAGAAUGCCAUCCUGUUCGAGGCCAUUUCCCUCAUCAUCCACUACGACAGUGAGCCGAACCUGCUGGUGCGAGCCUGUAACCAGCUGGGCCAGUUCCUGCAGCACAGAGAGACUAACCUGCGCUACCUGGCUCUGGAGAGCAUGUGCACUCUGGCCAGCUCCGAGUUCUCUCAUGAAGCUGUGAAGACGCACAUCGAGACCGUCAUCAACGCCUCAAGUAACGUGUGCUCUGUGUCUCUGCAGACUGAGAGGGACGUGAGUGUUCGGCAGCGAGCGGCUGAUCUGCUCUACGCCAUGUGUGACCGCAGCAACGCCAAGCAGAUCGUAGCUGAGAUGCUGAGCUACCUGGAGACCGCAGACUACUCCAUCAGGGAGGAGAUGGUGGUGCUGAAGGUGGCCAUCCUGGCAGAGAAGUACGCCGUGGAUUACUCAUGGUACGUGGACACCAUCCUAAACCUGAUCCGCAUCGCUGGAGACUAUGUCAGUGAGGAGGUUUGGUAUCGUGUCAUCCAAAUCGUCAUCAACCGAGAUGACGUGCAGGGCUACGCCGCCAAGACGGUCUUUGAGGCCCUGCAGGCCCCCGCCUGCCAUGAGAACAUGGUGAAAGUUGGAGGCUACAUUCUGGGAGAGUUUGGAAAUCUUAUUGCUGGUGACCCUCGAUCCAGCCCCCUGGUCCAGUUUAACCUUCUUCACUCCAAAUUCCACCUGUGCUCGGUGCCCACCCGCGCCCUGCUGCUGUCCGCCUACAUCAAGUUCAUCAACCUGUUCCCAGAGACCAAGGCCACCAUCCAGGAGGUGCUGCGCUGCGACAGCCAGAUCCGAAACUCCGACGUGGAGUUGCAGCAGAGAGCCGUGGAGUACCUGAAGCUUUCCUCCAUUGCCAGCACUGACGUCCUGGCGACCGUCCUGGAGGAGAUGCCUCCGUUCCCAGAGAGGGAGUCGUCCAUCCUGGCUAAACUGAAGAAGAAGAAAGGCCCGGGCGCCGUGUCUGUGACCGAGCUGGAGGACAACAAGAGGGAGGGAGGAGAGCUGAACGGAGGGGGCGAGAGGGGCCCUGACACGUCAGCCAUGGCGGCCUCUAACGCUUCCACCCCGUCUCCGUCAGCUGACCUCCUCGGGAUUCGUUCUGCGGUUCCUGUCGGUGCUGCUCCAGCAAGCGCUGGCAGCCUAUUGGUUGACGUGUUCUCUGAGGCGGGGCCUGCUGCAGUCUCUGCUGCUGUGAACGAUGACGGCUUCCUCAGAGAUCUGGAACCGCCCACCGAGACCUCUGACUCCCUAUUGGUGGAGGGUUCUGGUGACUCGGAGUAAGGGCCUGUAGUCAUGUUACUACAGUUAGAAAACUACAAACAUGGCGGAUCCACGUUGUGUUUGUAGGAUAGAUUGUGUGUCUUUCAAUGAACAUGUUGUUGGUUUAAUUUAUAAAAGACACACACACACACACACUGAACAUGUACAAACACAUUUAAACACUCUGGUGAUGAAAACACGAUGAAAAGAUGUUUCCCUCCAAAUAAAGUUAAAAACUAACCAAACUUUUGUUUAAGCUUUAAAUAACUGAAGGGCUACUCUCUCCUUAGAGCUUCAUUAUUAAUUAGCUUAGUCUUUUCUGUAUUUUCAGUUUAUUGUUCGUCCUCUCAGGAACAUCAAAGGGAAGUCGUGCUGCUUCCUGCUUCACUGUCAUCAUCUACACUCGUUAUUAUUACAGACAUAGAAACAUCAUGGCUCUGCUGUAAACAUCCAGCUUCAUGUUCUACAUACAUGUGAACAGUGUGUGAAGUUAGGAUCAUGUUUUACUGCAGCUCACUGAAGAGAAGCAGCUUGUGUGUUCACACUGAGCGCUCUUUAAAGUCACACUCAGUAUUCUGACUUAAUGAUGC